AUGAACUCGGCACGUGUGCCAGCAGGCUUCGUGCCGGAACUGCCGCCAGAGGGGGCGGCCGGUGGUGCUGGCGACAGGCAUUCCGAAAGCUCAGCCUCGAGGUCCAGGAGCCCCCGGCGUCGUGGUCUAGACAGCAGUCCCAAGGUGAACAGCUUCUCCCAGCGAGAGGCUCAGCGACGCACCAUCCUCCGACAAAGGACCAGCAGCACUGGAGAUGGGACUCCUCGAAAGAGCGCUCUUCGGCGCCGCCACUCCGAAGGUCCGCAGAUCACCGUGCCAGCAUCGAUUACAGAGAUUGGCCUCAACACCGUGGCCGUCAAGCUCGACGGGUUCCACCAGACAGCUAUGGAUGGCCUGUACAGAAGACGUGAAACUGUCGUGAUUGCCGACCAUCCCACUUUCUUCCAAACACCAGGUGAUAAGAUGUUCCUGUACAAAAACAUGGAGAAACGAUGGGCGAUUUCUCCAACAGCCCUUCGAGGCAAUGACUUGGUGGAAGCCGUCAAGCAAGGCGAGUCGCAGGGCGUCGCCUGCCAGAAGGCCACGGGCAGGCGAAUGGACUGCACGUGGAUUGAAUUCUUCCACAAACGCUGGGUAGACGUGAAUCUAAGCGUCCGCACUUUCAACUUUGAGGAGUAUGAGCAACAUGCACUGGGCCGCCAGAAGCGGCACGCGGCACCGCUGCCACAUCAGAAGGUCUCCUUCCCGAACCGUCCCGGGGUCGCCUCCCGACCGCGCGUGCAGCCACUGCCACCUAGGCCAACUGUUCAGCCUGAGCUGAGUCCAGAGCAGCUGCUUUGGCAGAUCCAACAGGAAGUCAGGCGCGAGGACCGUGACGAGAAGCGGCAGCGCUGGGAGCAGCAUGCUAGCCAGAAAUCGACCAGUCCGGCGAUGUCCACGGCAGGCCCCCAUGAGCAGGUACUUGGGGCCGUGGCCGAGGCUGCCCUCCCCAGUUCCUCGGUCCAGUCGGCGGCUGCUGCUGGCGCCAAGGCAUCCGCUCUGCUGGCUGCAGCGUCGGUGAUGCCACCACCCGUCGCGGCAGCACCUGCAGCUCGGCCAAUCUUCGGUGAUCAGGCAUCCCCACUUUUAGCCGCUGCCUCGACAAUGGCAACCCCACCAAAGUUGGUGCCGGAGGCGUCCACGCUGCUGUCUGCGCUGUCGCCAUCGUCGCCGCCGCUGGUGCCACCCCAGGACUCGGCGCGAUUGGCUGCAUCGCUAGCAUCCAAGCCCGAAGCAACCAGCACGACGGAGGCGCUUCCGACGCCGAUUCCCAGCGUGGCUUUACAGCCGCCGAUCGUGGCCGAGGCGCAGCCUCUCAAACCAACGCCAGAGGAAAAUCCCGCGUCAGCGUCUGCUCCAUCCUUGUCCAAGGAAGUGCCGAACGUUCCAAAGACGCCUCCAAAGGCAACGGUUGCAAAGCCAACUUUCCCAAAGCGAUGGAGCUAUCCAGGCGAUGACAACGUUGACUCUUUCUUGGAAAAACUCCGCGGAAAGGCGCCCAGGCAAGCAGCUGACAAAGAUCAGCAGUGGCAAGACAGGAGGAGCUCGAGGCAGGAUGACAAGCAAGAGUGGGAUUGGUCCAGUCAAAAAUGGUGGGAUGAGUGGAAUGACGAGUCGUGGAAGUGGGAUGAGCGGUGGAGUGCGAAGGGCACAGAUGACAAGCAGUGGUUCGAGCCGAAGGAUUCAUGGUGGGCCUGGGAAGGCCGCCCAUCCUGGAACGAGCAGAUGGGCUGGAAGUCAGAAGAGGACGACAGUUGGGGACAAUGGAGAAGCGCCGAGCAUGGAAGCGGAAAACGUGGAGGGGCAGAAGCGGAACAGGCCAGCAAGCCGCAAGCUGCACUCUCUUUGGAGGCCGAAGACAAGAAGCCCAAGGACAGCAAGGACGGAAAAGAAAAAGCGAAAGAGAAGAAGGACAAGAAGGAAGACAAGAAAGAAAAGAAGGAGCGCAGAGAGAAGCACAAGGACAAGAAGGACAAAGACAAGAAGGAGGAGCAAGAAGCACCAUCUGUUGGACGCAAAGCUCCCGAGCCUGAAGAGGUGACAGCAAAGAAGGACAUAAUGCCGCAGCCUGGCCAAGCCCUGGCUGACUUCGGCUUUCCCGCCACCGUGGACGGUUUCUUCCUCUUCAUGCGAGAACGAGAGCGCAUUCGACUGAGACGCGAGUCUUCGCAGCCAUAUCCCUGGACGGACGACAAGGUGCUGAGACAUCUUCGCGUCAGGAAUGUCAAGAAGGAACACGACCGCACCAGCAUGCUCAUUCGUCGGCUUCUGCUGCCCUUGGAUGACAAAUGGCGCUCGAGCACUUCGCGGCAGCAGAAGCGAUCAGUGGUCCGCGAGUACGUGCUCAGUCUCGGUUUAUGGAGGCGUUUUGGCUCUGUGAAUUUCAUCAAUCGUGCUGGCCUGGUGGCUGGAGAUGCGACACCGGAAGAGCUUUGCGCGAAGGCUGUAUCAGUGGCACUGGACCUUUGGAAGAAUGGAAUCCACAGCUGCAGUGAUGCUUACGGACCUGCUAGCCGUGCCCAUGCUGCAGAGCUCUAUGCGUGGCUGGGGGAAGAGGCAAGCAAGCAUCUCUCCGUGGCUUUAAAGCUUCAUCCCCGCCACAUGCAGCAGAUGACGAAGUCUUUGGUGACCGACGCGGGGCUUGUCAUCGUCAGCAGUGGCUUCUUGCAGGUGCUCAACGAAAACGGCAAAGCCUUUCGAAGUCUUUUUGAAAAGGCUGAUGAGCUGGCAGACACUGUUGUGGAGCAAGGGCCCGCGCGAUUCCAACAGCUGGUGCAGCUUCUUGGAUCCGCUGAUGGCCACGGGGUCGGUAAAGGUGUCUAUGCAGCAGAGAUCGUUCGCGACCUUCUGUCAACACCUAUCUUCAGUGGUGGUGGUUGUCUGGAUGUCGACCACUGGGUGCCUUUGGAUCGGCCGACUCGAUGCUGCCUUGACCGCUUGGCUCGGCGGCCUCGAAAGACAGAGGUGCCGGACGAAAAGCUCCUCGAGGAGCUGCGUACGAUCUAUGGCCGCCGGCAUCAGCUGUGGCCCGCAAGCAUCGAAGACAUGCCCAGCGUUGACUUGCAACUGGUGGACCUGCGCGCCCAGCUGGCCGAGUUCGAACGUUAUCAGAGGGCAAAGGGCGGCCGUCCCUCCCGGAUGCCUUUCAUGGCCCGCAGCUAG